CUGGCCGAGGGUUGCUCGCAGCGGCCAUAGGAAGGUUGCGGAGCGCUCCUGCCCGAGCUGCGCCCUGUCUCCCGGAGUGGUCUCUCGGCGCGGAGUUGCAAUGGCUCUUGCUUCAUCGCCCUUGAAAGUCUGCAUCGUGGGCUCAGGGAACUGGGGAUCUGCUGUAGCCAAAAUAAUAGGCAAUAAUGUAAAAGCAGUAAAGAAGUUCGCUUCCACCGUAAAAAUGUGGGUGUUUGAAGAAAAUAUUAAUGGAAGAAAACUGACUGACAUCAUAAAUAAUGAUCAUGAGAAUGUAAAAUAUCUUCCUGGAUACAAGCUACCAGAAAAUGUGGUUGCCAUCCCAAACUUGAAAGAAGCUGUUAAAGAUGCGGAUAUGUUGGUUUUUGUCAUUCCCCACCAGUUCAUUCAUAAAAUCUGUGAUGAGAUGACAGGGCAUGUAGCCAAGAAAGCUAUCGGCAUAACUCUCAUUAAGGGAAUAGAUGAAGGCCCAGAAGGACUCAAACUCAUUUCUGACAUCAUCCGUGAGAAAAUGGGAAUAGACAUCAGUGUGCUGAUGGGGGCAAACAUAGCCAAUGAGGUUGCAGCAGAGAAGUUCUGUGAAACCACAAUAGGCUGCAAAAUUUUGGAGAAUGGCCUCCUCUUCAAAGAACUCCUUCAGACUCCAAACUUCCGAAUUACUGUGGUGGAUGACGCAGACACAGUUGAACUUUGUGGUGCACUUAAGAACAUAGUGGCAGUGGGAGCUGGCUUUUGUGAUGGCCUUCGCUGUGGUGACAAUACCAAAGCUGCUGUCAUUAGGCUCGGACUAAUGGAAAUGAUCGCCUUUGCAAAAAUCUUCUGCAAGGGGCAGGUGUCCACUGCCACCUUCCUGGAAAGCUGCGGGGUGGCAGAUCUCAUCACCACGUGUUACGGUGGACGUAACCGGAGAGUGGCCGAAGCAUUUGUGAAAACAGGAAAGUCAAUUGAAGAGUUGGAGCAAGAGAUGCUGAAUGGGCAAAAGCUCCAAGGACCACAGACUUCUGCAGAGGUGUAUCGCAUCCUUAAGCAGAAAGGAUUGGUGGAGAAGUUUCCACUCUUUGCCGCCGUCUAUCAAAUCUGCUACGAAGGGAGGCCUGUCCAAGAGAUUAUCUCCUGUCUUCAGAGUCAUCCAGAGCAUAUAUAAAGCGUGCUUUCUUUCCAUUGUCACAGCUCCUGCCUUUCCUCUUCACGAGCAAGUCUGAAUAGAUGUAAUUAAGCCUCACAAGGAGCCGCUCCAUUAAGCAAUCAGGGCAACACUUGAAUGUCUACGGAUUUCUGCGCUUGUCAUAAAAUAGCACAGCUCCUCAGUUUAUUUUUUUAAAAAAACUGGCUGAAGUUCAAGAGGUUUUCCGAUAUAUAACGUAGCACUUACACUCCUAUUCUAAACCCAGUGGGACACGGGGAGGUCACAUCUCCCAAAAUACGUUUUUAAAGCAGCUGAUUUCCCUCUCAGCCCGGGUUCAGAUCAGGGCCACAGUUUUUGUUUGAGAGGGAGAGGUUAAUUCUUUGUCCUCAUGCAAUUUUUCUGAACUGCCAUUAGCAGCAUGAGAAGAAAGACAAGGUGCCCAUAUCAUACUUCUCUCUUGUUUCUCUAACAAGGCUGAUAAAUAACCACUGGAGGGGGCAGAUUUCUACUCUCCCCCCCCAACACACACGCACAAAGCCCCAGUCCAAAUUGGGGGCCCUCUGUUUACUUUUCAACCUGCAGUGCAGUCCUCCGCAGGGUUGUGCCCACCUAUUGACUUCAGUGGACUUAGAAGGGCCUGACUCUGCUUAGGACUGCACUGUGGGUCACGGCUGUCUCACGUUUCAUCCAGUUGCUCCCUAAGUUCAUGUUUCUUUGCACAGUGGGAAAGGCUUGAUUGUUUUUGUCUGUUGCAUUCUAACACUUCCUUUUCGUACAGGGCCUAGAAUUAAAUAUAGCCUGAAAAUGUCAUUUGCUUUGGGAUCAUUCGCUGAAAUGCACUUAAGUUCUGUAGGACGUGUUUGACUUUUAGUUAGGUUUGCACAUCACUUAACAGAAGCAUACAAGCAUUUUGGUAGGGAAUUGGCUUGAUAGCACUUACUUGGUGAGGGGGCGCCUGAGCUUUUAAACAAGAUUUUAACAGAUUUUUUUAGCAACAGAAAACUCAAAUGUGUGUUUAAGUGGAUGUUAAUAUCUUUUUCUGAAAGGGUAUACUGCAGACAGUAAAUCUUUCCCUGGUUGUUUGUUUGUUUGUAUCUCUCCUUUCUCUUCCUGUACCAUGUAAGAGUAAAUAUAAACACAGCCUUGGUGUGUGGUAGCACAUACACAGCCCACUAUGACUUUGGACUUGAGUCUGUAUACGUACGAAUUGCCCCUUAUCAGAUUUAGACGAAUAAUUGAAGUGAUGAUAUGGGGAGGGGGGUGAUCACUUGCACAAAUGCUCUGACAUGGCACCGGUAAAUGGUGAGAUAGCAGCUUGCGGCUACCUAGCUUAACCCACCUUUCCAGCACAUUUCCACAAGGUGCUGGUGUGUGAUUUUUUUUUUUGCCACAAAUCUAUUUUUGUUAUGGUUAUUAUGCCCCCAAAGGUAAUCGUUAUCUACUUUGUGCUGCCUUUGCCAAACCCUGGCAUUCUGUGGGCUCUUUGUCAUAGAGGCCAGUUCCUCAGUUCUCCCUCCCAAACCCUAAAUGUUGUGGGUCUGUCUGCCAAUCAUACACGAAGCUCUGUUCCUUAGUUGUGCUUUUGCAGUAUCCAGCAUUCCUAACAUUUCACAUGCUCAUCCACCAGUUGUAGGAGCUGCACCUCAAAAAAAAUGGGCUAGGAAUUCCUGUGAGCACAUAAUUGUAUCAUUCCUUGAACUAUGUUAAAUUAUACUGGCGUUUAUUUCAGUGCCUGUUUAUUAUGCUGCGUUAACUUGAUUGCUCUACCUUUUUUUGACAUCCCUUGAUCAGUUCCUCCCCUUGCUUUCAAAUGUAAGAAUUUUCUCGAAGCUGCUCAUAGUCUAAGCGGCCUUGGCUCCCUGAUGUCUUAAAUGAAUGAAAGACUGAGAUGAGCUAUUCUUGGGCUAGUGAAAUCAGAACAGCUGGAUCAGCUAACCUGUUUAUGUGGGGUGAAAGACACCUACACUUUUUAAAAAGCUUAUUUGUAAAGAGUCAAAUGCAUUAAUUUACAUUCUAGGAAGUACCAGAAGUUAACUCCCUGCUGGGAAAGAACUCUUGUUGUCUUUUGUAUACACUCCUGACCCUGGAGGGAUUUGGCUUGGUUUUUUAUGUUCUUUGCUGCUGACAGUUCAGAAUGAAACUCCUCUCGAUUUGUGCAGCCCAUACGAGCUUUACUGGAGGCUGAUCCUGCUUAAAACCAACAGAAAGUGCCCUGCACAGGCUUGUUGUGGGUUGCAACUGUUGAGCGUCUCCUUAUUCGGAUGCCUAGGAAUCAGUGUCCCAAAUUCAUUUCUCAGCUUGGGUAAACUUGGGGAUGCAGGAUGCUUCCCAUACACAAUAUACUAAAGGAGGUGGAAACAUGGAGAUCUUGUGUGUGGUAGUCGUGUUGCAUGCAUUUGCUGUUUGUGUGUCCUGCUACCCCCUCCCCGAACAUUCACGUGUAGGAAAAACAACAUGAAGGAGACCUUAGAAGUGGCAGUUUUUGCAGAUGGGCGGUUUGCUUUGUCAUCGCAAUGGCAUUUGAAAAACUCCGAAUUAUAGUGCUCUGCACGAUUGAAGAAUGUGAACACACGGCAAUUUGCCUUAUUCUCUGAAUUAAUUCCUCUGUUAUAUUAACUAAUGAAGAUAUACAGGAUUAGACUGCCUUAAGUGUAAUGUGGCAGGGGGGGAAACUGAAGGGGGCAUCUGAGAAUUGGGUGAUCUGGCCAUACAUCAGGCAGCUUGAGAAUGGGAAGCGCACACUCCCUCUUUGUGGUAUAUACCUGUCUGAAGCAUUUGUCCAUCUUUUGAUAUUGAACCAUCUGGUUUAAUGAUGGCUUUGUCUCUCAUCUGUAACCUACAGUGUGUAUUAACCAUUCGUGUUUUGUAUAAUAAGUAAAGGGCUAUAUAAGCUGAAUGUGAUGAAUUAACCGUACUGUUGAAUUACUUACUCCACUUAAUGAAAUGAAGACUUGUUUGUGUUUUUUCUCCUGUAAAUCCAUUCGGCUAUGAAAUCUGAUGUCAGAUUUAAUGGUAUAUUUCAUCAGACUCUGCUCAUUUUAUUUUUUCAAUAAAAGCUAAGAU